GAUAACAGGUUAAUACAGAAAUGUAAGCUUGAAAUGGAAACCCCCAUAUCAGAUGGUUUCCCUCAUUGAUGCAAAGCAUGAAAUAUAUAAUUCCUUGCUUUACUUUUGAAACAGUCAUUUUAAAGGGCGCUCAAUGAAGUAAAGCUGCGUGUGUAAUCUCACUUCCUCAUGUCUUGCGGCAUGUUAGUCUAAUGUCGACAACUUUGAAACAGUUGUUUCAUCAAUAAUACAGUUAACAGAUUGCAGUGAUAAGUCUACAUUAAAGUUUUGAACACUCCUCCCCGAGAAGAGCGGAUAUGCAAGUAUGUGCAACCGUAAAGGAUGUGGUCUGUGAGACAAGGAAGACUGAGGAGGAAGAAGUGCACUUAACUUAAAAGGCAGCUCGAUGUGAGUAAGUCACAGGAGUGACGGCUAAUACUGGCUUAAAUUUGGAUUAUUUCACCGUCUUGGGGACGUGUAGUGAUUUUGUGAACAUGCAUUGAGGAGAAAAUGGAAGUGAAGGAGGCUUGUGACACAAAGACUUCCUGGUCUCCCAUGUCAGGCGAGAUUCAUUCCACCCCCAGUGACCAUGUUGGGAAGAAAAGAAAACAAGACCCAGCACCUGAACCUGUGACAAGAAUUGCAGAGGAUGACGAGGAGGAGGAGGAGGAGGAGGGUGAAAUGAUGUUGGACCACCACAAAGAUUUGGAGGAGCCCAGUAAUAAAAGGGUUAAACCUGUGGUGAAGUCCAACAGCCUCACAGGUGUCAUUACCCCGGGGAAGAUGACGGCUCUGUCCCGCAUCGGGCAGUCUAUUUCGCGAUCCAUUAGUUUUCGCACGGAUGCGCGACCUUUGCCCCCAGCUCUCAUGCGAGCCCGCGCCAGCGGGUCAUCAUUUCCACGGCGGCGUAACAACCAGUGCUGGAGUGACACCGUGGAGAACCAUGACCUAACCGCAAAAGAAAUCAAACGUCAAGAGGUUAUAUAUGAGCUGACUCAGGGAGAGAGGCAACUUAUAGACGAUCUUAGUUUGGUCAAAAAGGUGUACUAUGAGCCCAUGCGGAAGUUGGAAAUACUUUCAGAGAAUGAGCUUGGACAAAUCUUUGGUACUCUGGACUCGCUCAUUCCCCUCCAUGAAGAUCUCCUGAGUCGUCUUGAGAGGCUGAGGGGAUCAGAGAAGACCGUUGGAGAGGUGGGGCCAACUCUUUUAAACUGGUUCCCUUGCCUGGAUGCCUACAUCACAUAUUGCUGUAACCAGGUGGGAGCCAAAGCCCUGCUGGACCUGAAGAAGCAGGAGAAGAGAGUGGAACACUUCCUGCGUCUGUGCCAGGAGUCCUCGUUCAGCAGAAAAUUGGACUUGUGGAACUUCCUGGAUCUCCCUCGUAGCCGUUUGGUCAAAUACCCUCUGCUGUUGAGAGAGAUUCAGAAGUGCACCCCUCCAGAGCAUCCGGAUGAAGACUCUUUACCUGACGCUCUGGAGCUGAUUCAGGAUAUUGUGUCAGAAGUGAACAAGAAGACAGGGGAGGCAGAGUGCCAGUUUUACAAACGAGGACUCAAUUAUCUCGAAAACAGUCAAAGACUAACAGAGAUCGACCAGUCCCGCUUCAUCUACUGCCAUGGAGAGCUCAAAAACAAUAAGGGACAGCGGCUUCAUGUAUUUCUGUUUGAGAUGGCUUUGGUGCUGACCAAACCCAGUGAAGACAGAGACGGCGGAGAGUUUUUUAAUGUGUACCGGCAACCGCUGCCCAAUGCCUUAAUAAAUCUGGAGGAGAUCCCAGAUGGAGAAGCUGGAGGGAGCAGCACCUUCAGAGGAGCAUUCUCUGGGGGGAACGAUAAAGUGAAGAAUUGCUUCCGUGUGAGCAGCAGAGGGCGCUCUAAAGCCAACCCCUACAGCCUGCAGGCCAACGACUCCUUCAGCAAGCAGCAGUGGAUCACCUGCCUGCGCCAAGCAAUUGUACAGUCCAGAGACAGGACGGCUCACACCGGCCGGCCGCAGCUCUCUCUUCACCCCGACCCCGCUCUAUGUCCCAUGGCCGGCCUCAGCCUCAGCUCGGACACAGACAUGGCCGACCACACCAGCCGCUGAGCGGGGGGGACUGAUGUCCUGGCUGCCUGUCAUGUGGACUCUCCCCACACUAGAGCUGGGGAAAUAAAUGGAACUGUUUCUGAAAGAUGAUUGUACUUAAGAGACACACAGAGUUUCUUGCAAGAUCUCUUUUAUUUUUAUUUUUUUCUAGCUUUUGUCGUUAUGGUGACGAGCAAUGUAAAUUGCUGAAUGUGAAUUUAGAAUGGAAAAUGUUGUAUUUUAAUAAACUGACACUUGAAAGAUUGUU